AUGGAGAGCUACGAUAAAGAGAGAAAUAUCUCUACGAUCAAGAUUGAACCCGGAUUGCCAAUGCCCGCUGCACCACCGGGAGCUCCUGUCGGCUUUAUGCCAACGAUGGCCCCAAUUGCUGGAGUGCCAAUUGGACUCGAGUAUCUCACGCAAAUCGAUCGUUUAAUCAUUCAACAGAAAGUGAGCCUUUUGGAAGCGGUCGCCGGUUGGGAGGUGAAAAAUAAAUACGCUAUUUACAAUUCUGUUGGACAACAGGUCUACUACGCUUACGAGGAAUCAGGAUGCUGUAUGAGACAAUGUUGUGGAGGGCAAAGAGGAUUCACUAUACAUAUUGUCGAUAAUUUCAAUCGAGAAGUGAUGCGUAUCAGCCGUCCCUUCAAGUGCUGUACCUGGUGUUGCUUGGCGAAUUUCCGUUGCUGUGGUUCUGAAGUGACUGUCGAGGCGCCAGUCGGGAAUGUGGCUGGUUAC